AUGUCCGUGGCCAGAAGACAAGAAAUGCCGCACAUGCAGAUUUAUCUGGCCUGGGACGACAGAGUAGAGAUGCCCGGUCACGUCUUUGCCCAACUCAGGCCAGAGAAGCCACACAAAUUAUCUUGUCACCUCUCUCCCACUGCCCUUGUUCCUGUCGGUGUGCCAUAUUUUACCCAGAUUCUUCUCUUCGUCUCAGACACUCAUUCGCCUCUCCACUCAUCCGUGCCUAGGAAAUCUUGCCCGCCUGGGAGCAACUCAGGCUGGUCAAAUAAAUCACAUUUCGGUCCGGUCUGCCGAUGA